GACUGUCACAACUUCGUAAGAGUACACGUGUUGUCUUCUUCAAGUGUGACAUCCCGUGACACCCAAAAGUUGCUGUUUUGAUUUAACAUGCAUUGGCUGGUUUUAUAUCUUUCUGUCCCAACACAAUCUGCAACUUCAUCUUCUCCUUUAUAAGCUCUGCAACUCUUUUUCUAUCACCAACAACAUUUUUUCUUUUUUUUUCACCUUCAUCUCGCUCCAAUGGCAGAAGAAGCAAAGAACAAGAAGAAACACAUCGUGAUGGUACCAAUCAUGGCACAAGGACACAUCAUCCCGUUCCUCGCACUAGCAAGAAAAAUCCAACACACAGCAGCAACAACCUUCACCAUCACCAUAGCUUCCACCCCUCUCAACAUUCAACACCUAAAAUCUGCACUUUCUUCUACCUCUCCUAAUCAAAUUCGCCUAGCUGAAUUACCCUUCAACUCUGCGCAACACGGUUUGCCACCGAACACAGAGAACACCGAGAAGCUUCAUUUCCCUCAACUGGUAAAGUUCUGUCACGCAACACUCUCGCUCGAGGCUCCUCUUCGCUCCUUGAUAUCACGCAUAACAGAAGAAGAGGGUCACCCUCCACUCUGCAUCAUAUCUGACUUGUUCCUUGGCUGGGUUAACAAGGUCGCGAACAGUGUAAGUACUAGGAACCUCACCUUCACCACUUGCGGUGCUUAUGGAACCUUGUCCUACAUCUCUAUCUGGUCUAACCUACCCCACAAGAAAACACACUCUGAUGAGUUCUGGGUUCCGGGGUUCCCUCAGAACCACCGUUUCCACCGCACUCAAUUGCAUAGAUAUCUAAGAGAAGCUGACGGCACUGAUGACUGGUCAAGAUUCUUAAUUCCACAGAUUUCACACGCUAUGAAGUCCGGUGGGUGGAUUUGCAACACGGCUGAGGAGAUAGAGCCUCUGGGGUUGCAGCUUUUGAGGAAGUAUCUUCAGCUUCCUGUUUGGGCUGUGGGGCCACUCCUUCCACCUCCUGCACUCAGAGGCUCAAAACAUCGCUCAGGAAAGGAAUCUAGUGUGACUCUUGAAGCAUGCAUGGAGUGGCUGGAUUUGAAGGAUGAAAAUUCUGUUGUGUAUGUUUCUUUUGGAUCGCAGAACACGAUCAGUGCCUCCCAAAUGAUGGCGUUGGCUGAAGGGUUGGAAAAGAGUGAGAGAUCGUUUGUUUGGGUUAUAAGGCCACCCGUUGGUUUUGACAUUGAUGGAGAGUUCAGGGAAGAAUGGUUGCCAAAAGGGUUUGAAGAGAAAAUGAGAGAUACCAAGAAAGGUUUGUUGGUGCAGAAAUGGGGACCCCAAUUGGAGAUUCUGUCACACAAAUCCACAGGAGUGUUUGUGAGCCAUUGUGGAUGGAACUCUGUGUUGGAGAGUCUUAGCAAUGGGGUCCCAAUGAUUGGGUGGCCACUGGCUGCAGAACAAAUGUACAAUGUGAAGAUGCUGGUGGAGGAAAUGGGUGUGGCUGUGGAGCUCACUAGAACUGUGGAAACUACCAUUUGUGGGGAUGAAGUGAGGAAGGUGAUAGACAUGGUUACGGAGAAAGAAGGGAAAGGAAAGGAGAUGAAGGAGAAGGCGAAGGAGAUUGCAUCUCAUAUGAGGAAGGCCGUAACAGAGAAAGGAGAAGAAAAAGGUUCAUCUGUAAGAGCAAUGGAUGAUCUUGUUAUGACCAUUCUAUCACCCUACUCUCUGUGAUUUUCUUCAUUUAGAAUCUGAAUAAUAAAGUUGGUUGUGUGAUCAUGUUUGUCAUGAUAAUAUUUUCCGUUAUUUCUUAAACCUAAGAAGCAAACCUAGAUACAAAUACCUGUCUAAAAGCCUCCAUGCUUAAAUGUAAUUAAAAUGUAAUUAAUGUUGUAAUAAAUGUGAAGUAAA